CCUCUUCUGACCAUCCCUCCUCCCUCCUCCCUCCUCCCUCCUCUCUCCGGGUUUCCGAUUUCCCGGCCACCGCCCUCCUCUCUCUAUUUAACUAGUAGUAUUACCCACAUCUCUCUCGCCCUCCUCGUCUUCUCUCUCUCUCUAACCCAUCAACGGUGCCUUCUCAUCAUCAUCAAACCCCCUCCCUAACCCCCUCCGGAUUCAAGAAGCAGAGGCUCCGGCGAUGAUGUCUUCGCCCGCCUCUUCGCCGCCUCCUUGGAUCCCGACUUCGCCCCUCUCUCCCCCGAACUGCGGAUCCUCAAGUCCCGCCUCGUCGCCGGCGAGACCCUCUACGGCCUCUUCCUCCUGCGCUCCUCCCCGACCCUCGCCGAGAUCGCCGGCCUCGCCGGCUACGACUACGUGGUCGUCGACAUGGAGCACGGCUCUGGCGGCAUCGCCGAGGCCCUCCCCUGCCUCCGCGCCCUCGCCGCCGCCGGCACCCCAGCCAUCCUCCGCCGAGGCCCUCCCCUGCAUUAUCCCAUCAUUUAUUUAUUUAUAAUUGCAUUACAUUUAUUAUCACUGUUUUUACUUCCAGAUUUGAGAGAAGAUGGUGUUUGUAUGGUAAAAAAGAUUAUGCAGCAAGUGCCAGGUGGUAUGGUGGAUUCUUGAUUAGAUUUGUAGAAGAGCUUGCAGUUUCGGAUGGAAUAACAUUUACAUGAAAAUUAGGCAUGUUUGGUGGAAGAGAAUGGUAUAUUAUCUGAUGUCUAGGACCUUUGUCAGCUUCUUCUGGAUUAGAGAUAUCAUUCUAGGACCUUUGUCAGCUUCUUCUGGAUUUAUCUGAUGUCUGGUAUUACUUGGAACCCAUAAUAGAUUUCCAGGUGCUUGUGUUAAUAAUGUUCCUUUGAUGCAGAUUUUCAAGUAUUUGGUUUCACUAGAUGUUGAAGAUUGUCAGGAUUUAAAGUCAGGCUACUCCAUUAUAUUUAACUUCUCUCCUAACCCAUAUUUUGAAGACACAAAGCUUGUGAAGACUUAUUCCUUCACUGAGGAAGGAGUGGCUAAUAUAACUGGUACGACUAUCAAGUGGAAGGAGGGUAUGGAGAUUGCCAAUGGUAAUGGUCAUGAGAAGAAGGGAGGCAAGCGACCUUUUACUAAGGAAAGUUUCUUUAGUUGGUUUGGUAAAACUCAACAGAAAAAUUUCUCAGAUGGUGUAACAGAUGAGGUGGCAGAGAUAAUCAAGGAAGAUUUAUGCCCCAACCCUUUGAAGUAUUUUAAUAAUGAGGCUGAUGAAGAGGACUUUGAUGGAGAUGAAGAUGAUGAAGAGAAGGGAUCUGAAGAUGAUGAGGAUGGUGAGCAAGAUGAUGACGAAGAGGACGAUGAUGAGGAUGAUAGUUAGUCUCUUCUCGCAGCUUCUUUCGUUUGGGCUUCCACAACUUGGCUGUGGCGAGUGCCACUGCCAGGCAUGCUCAUGGCUAUGGAAGGUCUUGAUUUUGAGCGGGGCGGCUUCUAAUCUUGCUUCAAGCUCCGUAGCUGUCAAUUUUUUUGUACUUUGUCUUUCAUGACCCUCGCUUAUAGCUGGUGGCCUGUCUAAAUCUAGAAAUUUAUUUAUCAUUAUGGGCGUGUCAAAUGUUUGUCCUUGGACUUGAGGAAUCUCGGCAUGCUGUGUUCUUCAGGAUCUAGGAGUUUGUAUGGAGAACCGGUGCAUCAUUUUUUUAAAACUUCUUUAGUUAUAUAAAUAUAUUACAUCAAUUUCAUGUGGUA